CCACCGCCGACGCCAACGCGCUGCGUCGCCUAACAUCUCGGUGGUUCUACCAAUACCAAUGAACGGCGACAUCGGAGCUACGAUCAACGGCGCCAACAUCGGAGGACACCUACGUCGCAUCGCGAGAAUCAUUGGAGGGAAAUUAAGAAUCAAUAGGAUCGUUAAGAAUCGUUAAACCAUUAAGUCCCAACCUCGUUAUGAAUCAUUACUGACAUCGGAUACAACAUCUCGACGGACGUAUCAACUGACAUUACCGCUGGCUGUCUCGCAUCAUCUCACACCGUGCAUUAGAAUCUAAUGUUGUGUGUGGGGGUAGAAUAUACUACUACUGAUAUUACCACCACCACUAUAUUAUCAGCCGCGGUUGAGUAUGUAGGAUAUAGGGGAUGACGACGCAUAUACCACUACCAUCACCGGCGCCAAUGUUGUCACGGGAUCUUUCCGGCCCGAUGGAUCCCCACCAUCGUUGCAUGCUCUCUUGUAUAUACCGCAUUUUCGAAUACGACAAAGCUUGUUGGUGAACGAGAGAAAGAGAGUCCGCGGCGACAUCAGGUCGCUAGUUGGUGGUAUUAGUGCCAGGCGGUAGUAGUUCAGUAGUACUACUAGUGUUGCUGGUAUUGCUGGCAGUGCUCUGGUGGUGCUGCUGGUGGUGGUGGUAGCGCGACGAUGGUGGUGGUGGCGAACAAGCUGGUGGUGGUGGCAGUUGGAGUACGGACCAGUCGGGCCUCCCUCGCACACGUAAGAGCGUGAAACGGAGCCGAGAGUACACCAAGUGAGUCAGUUCGCUGUCGACUGCGAUCGCAAUAGGACGUGUGUCGUUUUUUGUCGAGUUCAUAUCGCCUACACCGAUCCGCGAGAUCACAUCAGUUCGCGGAACGUUACCUCGCGAACAGAAUUUUGGGAUUACCAAUUAAGCGACAGAUCAACGCUUUGAUUGACACGUGUCGAGAUUUGUGGAUCUAUCUACCGGAGGGAGAAAAGGGAAGUGUAUUUGUGGGUGAAGGAGUGAACCGGUGAAGUGCCGGUGGUCCAUGAGAGGAAAAUGAGCGAGCACGUGGUGGAAAGUACGUUCGAGCUUUCAGCUUUCAUGAAAGCCAGUGUCAUGGCGGAUUCUGAGAGGGAUAGCAGCUCCGAUGCUGACGAAGACAGCAGAUCGGACCUACACUCGCCUACCGCAUCUGAAGACAGCGUCGAAGUACAGGUGACGCCAAUCUCUUUGAGAAACAAACGGAAACUGGCAGAGCCGCGCAAAAUUCAGGAACCGGCUGUCAUCGCGGCGCCACUGAAAAAGAGACGAUUCGACCCGAUCUCUGAGGAAACCACCGUGGGCCAGGAAGAGAGCAGAUCGCUAAGCACAGCAAGUCCCUUCAGACCAUGGGUUCGUGUCUCCUGUGAGAAUGAAUCCAAGACAAGUGUAUCCUCGACGACGUCGAUGACGACAAUGACCACGGUGACGUCCAGCACGACGACGACAACAACGGCGACGACAUCGGUGACAUCAUCGACGAAAACGUCAUCCAGCGAGAAAGAGGAAGAGGAGAGAAAGAAGGAGCAAGAUGAGACGAUGCAGAGGUUACACGAAUCAUUUAGAAGACAACAUCCUGCCAGUUACAACAAAUCGUUCGUUUCCUCUCGACGAGAACUUCGUCAGAGGUUGUUCGAGUCAACGGCGCCGAUAACAACGACACCAUCUACGGUGGGCACCCUCUCCCGACAUCCUAGACUGCAGGACGAGCCCUUGUCCUUGGUGGUGAGAAAUGAGAAGCCCCGUGUGCCAUCGCAUCCCGCUGUUAGCGGCACCUACGAGAAGACACCAUCAUAUAUGAUGGAACAUCUAUUAGCGACGUCGUCUACUCGCAAUCACCAGGAUGAUCAGAAUCAUAGAGACCAUCAAAAUCAUCAAGCGGCGUCAUCGGUGUCGUCAAAACAUCAGGGCGGUCAACAGAGAAACUAUAAAAACAUGACGAGAGAGAGACGGAUAGAAGCAAACGCUCGAGAGAGAACCAGGGUGCACACUAUCAGCGCGGCCUUUGAUACCCUGAGACGUGCCAUACCUGCCUAUUCGCACAACCAGAAACUGUCAAAAUUGUCGGUAUUAAGGAUUGCCUGCAGCUACAUUAUGACGCUGUCCAAGAUCAUUGAAAACCCGGACGGCGACCUUAUGGCUACAAGGAACAAUGGCCCGACAGACUUGGAUAGUUGUGUAGAAUUGGUAUCUAGGACCAUACAAACGGAGGGCAAGCUCAGGAAGCGAAAAGAUGACUGAACGAAUUAUGUUUUGAACAUGAACAGCAAAGAAUUUCCAGACAACAGAGUCUGUUAUGAAAUAUGGAAGAUUUCGCUCUACAUACGCUUGUCAAACGCUUUGUCUUCUAUUCUCGAUUUGCGGGGAAAGGGAGAACGAGUUAGACUUAUUAAUGUAAAAUAAAUCGUUAGCUUUAACUAUCGAUUUUUAAAAUUACGCUACGAGAUUGUCUCGAUUAGUUCGUAGAGUAUCGAUCAAAAACGCGUUAAUUGAGAUUGCGAAUUAUGGGCGCCAUAAGAGGUUUUUCUUGUUCUUUUAAACAACGAAUAUAUGCGUGUGUGUGUGUUCAAUAAAAUGAUAAUGAAUUUUGUUUGCAUAAAAUGCUAUGAAAUAAUUACUCACUAUCAUUGUAUAGAAUUUGUAUGUAAUGCAUUCUUCGAAAUCUCAAUAAGCGAAUUUUAGAUUUUAAUGAAUACUCUCGACACAGGGAAUUUCUGGCGCCCAUGAUUAUGGCGCGGGUCAUCUACCUAUGUACCGAUAGCAGCUGUGCAACCAGACAAUAAAUUUUUAGAAAUAUCCUCAUACUUAGACGGCGCUUAAUUUACGCAAACACUACUACAAUCGUUGCACCGCAUCAUGAAAAUUACGACGAAGGAGAACAAUUUUCCAAAUCAAUUUUUAUGAUAAAUAAACAUUUCUUUUUACAAUUGAAAUAUAAA